AUGGCUCUCCCCCUCGCCCGCCUCGUCCUACACGGGUUCCCCGCCUGCCAGUGCCAGCCACGGCCCCACCUGCGCUUCCCGAAGCGCCACGUCUCCUCCGCCGCCCCCGCCUGUUCUCGCGCCGCCUUCGCUGCCUGCGCGGCGGCUAGUGCGCCGGCGGCCCCGGCCCCCCAGGCGCCGGAGGCGGAGACGGUCGAGCAAGUGGGCCCGAGGACACGCCUCGUCGCGCAGAACAUCCCGUGGGACUCCACGGCCGACGAAAUGCGCGCGCUCUUCGAGAACCACGGCUCCGUCGUCGGCGUCCAGCUUUCAAUGUACAGUGCCAGUAAAAACAGAGGAUUGGCGUUUGUAACCAUGGGUUCAGAAGAGGAUGCUCUUGCAGCUCUCACCCAUCUCAAUUCAACUAUUUUAAAUGAUAGAAAAAUUAAGGUGGACUUUGCAAGACCUAGAAAGAAGCAACCAAAGCAACCUGUUGUGGUAUCAGAUCCCAUGGAAAAGUAUAUUGUGUUCGUCGGAAAUUUGACAUGGAGAGUAAGAAAUCGUCACCUUCGGGAAUUAUUUGCCUCUGCCCCAGGUGUUGUAUCAGCUGAAGUUAUCUUUCAUACCACCACUCCGAGGCAAUCUGCUGGUUAUGCAUUUGUUUCUUUUUCUUCAAAAGAGACCGCAGAGGCCGCCAUAUCUGCUUUCAACGGAAAGAUAUUGAUGGGACGGCCCAUUAAUGUGAUGUUCAAAGAUGAAAAUGGUAAAAAGAAUGAAUCUCCUGUCCCAAAGGAGGAGGUCGAGGUGGAAUCAUCUGACCAGAGUGAUAGCUAA